CAGGACGAUGCAGAGACGGCCUGUGGAGCUCAGAGGAUGAAGAGCUGCAACACUAGCUGCUCUGUGAUUGGCUAAUCACUGACAUCCGUAACGAGAUGGCCCACCUCUUUCUCGCUAGUAAGAUCGCCAUGCCGGAUGACCUCCACAGCAAAGGCGGCGCCAGGAUCCCCAGGAGCGCCGCGAGGACGACGACCUCCGUCUCCGCCGAGAAGCCGAGCCACGACAAGACCAGUAAGGACCGUGGCAGCAGCGGCAUGACGACGCACGUCCCGCACGUCAACGAGGUCCAGCUGACUGCGGCAACCGGCGGCGCCGAGAUGUCCUGCUACCGCUGCACCGUGCCGUUCGGCGUGGUCGUUCUCAUCGCUGGCAUCGUGGUCACGGCGGUGGCGUACACCUUUAACUCCCACGGGUCCACCAUCUCGGUGCUGGGCCUGGUGCUGCUGUCUGCCGGACUGGGCCUGCUGGGGUCCAGCGCCGUAUGCUGGAGGGUCCGACUGAGGAGGAAGAAGAAGGACAAACGGAGGGAGAGCCAGACCGCCCUCAUGGCCAGCCAGGGGUACUGCGUGGCCUGAUCGCCAGCAGGGGAGUUCAAGUUCAAGUCUGGUGGUUAAAAUGAACCUGAAAGCACCAUGCUGACUAAAAGGUUAAUGAACUUAUGAACUUGUGCUCGCUGCAGGCGGUGAGGACUCUGCAGAUGCCUCAGAGGACGAGAGACUGCGGUGGUUUCGAAUAAAGGACGACAGAAAAUAAUUGAUUAUGGAGGCUUUGAACUCCAGACUGGACGAUGGAUGAUGAACGAUGGACGAUGAGGUUAAUAAUCGAUUCUACAAACUGAUUCUUCAAAAAAAAACAUUUGAUAAUAAACAUGUUUAGUUGAAUCCCUCCAAAGCUCAUCGACGGACAGAAUAUCUGCAAAUAAGCUAUUAAAAGACAAAGGUACUCUGAUGUUUCUUCAUCUCUGAUGAACUCCAUCUGUGAGCUCAGCGGUCUGAAACGUUCCUCUGAGAGAAAACAUGCUGCAUCGUCUGCAAACAUUCGAUCUUUUAAGGGGACUACCUUUAAUGGCGAACUCAUUGCAGAAUAAAAGAUUUAAAAAAAGAAACGUUCUGAAUACUGAGCUCACAAACAGGGUUCGCCUCUGAUAUGCAUGUUAUAUGUUUUAGCUAUUGUGCACUAUGAUCCAAAUGUAUUCCACUGUGUUAAAGUUGAACUGUUUAACUGAUGGUUCAUCUUAUUUAUUCUAUGUCAGUAGAUGUAUUUGUUCUAUUAAACUCAAGAUUUAAAUGA